GAUGCAUAAAACGAAGGCUGUGCAAAGCACUUGUAGAUUAGCCUGAAACGCGUUUCCAUGGGGACAUUUGGACUCUUUCAGCCACCAACAGCACCCAGCAUUUGCACUACUAGUAGGAGUGGCAGAGGCUCGCAUGUAUGGGGAAUAAUUAGGACUGGAUCGCGUAGGGACAGGCUGGUAGUGCACCAGCCCAUGCUGCAUGGUGUGCCAAACCUUUGCUCUUGCAAGCGGGGAUGUGCGGCUGCAGCGCCAGAAUGGAGCUACGGAGGUUAUCAGGCGGCCCCUGAAUGGAGUGUAGGAUCGGGGCCAUAUGCCGACCCACGGGCGACCGCAGCUGGGCCUCGCAGGCACCAUCCCCAACAGGGCGGAGCCCCCGAGGGCCCCAGCACUAGCUAUGACCAGGAUGGUGAUCCCCUGUCGGAGAUAGUUCGCACCGCAGUGGACGCCGUGAACGGCGGCCUGGGGUUCGUGGUCGCCAUGCUGUCUGACACUGCGCUGUCCCUCUUACCGGCACAUGUCAAGCGGAGAGCGGUUGAGAACAGCGUCAAGGGUGCGCUGGCGCUGCUUGGUCUGGCGCUGCUGCAAAGCGUCCUGGCGUUGGUGCUCACGGUGGGCACCCUGGUGCUGGCGGUGUACGCGGCGAACCAGGUGUUCGGCGUGCACCUGCCCUUCCUGCCCGCCAGCGUCGCCGGCCGCGGAGCAGCGCAGACAGCGCCACCUUUCAGCGGCCCCGGUCAAGCGGAUCCGCGUCAGUUCGGGCAAGGCGGCUACAGCGGCUAUGGCGACGUGGGAGGCUUCUCCGCCGGCCCUGCCGCGGACCCGCGGGGCUACCGGCAGGGGUACCCGCCUGGGUAUGGCGGCCGGGGGCAGCCGUACCCGCCUAGGCCUGGCGCAGGACGGGGUGCGCGGGCCGGGGAUGCUCGGCAGGGCCCCACCAUUGAUGUGUAUUUUGAAAGCCAGUAGGAUGGGUUUGAGGCACGGUGCUGUAGGUCGUGUGUACCCUCGACUCCCUCGAACGCAUGUAUGACUUCAAAUGACCCAUGUGUACAGAAUUACAGAUAUGUAUGUAGGUUAGAGGCUGGUCUUUGUCAUGAUGAAUGUCAUAUGUACUCCAUGCACAAAGUAAGAAAACAUUUGGUAGCGCAUGCUUGGUGUCCUAAGCGCAAAAUUUGCUUUGGAGGCUGAAAGCGCGGAAGCCUCGUAGCAAUUAUGUCUAGGAAGGGUAUGCGCAGCUGCGGGGGCAGAUCUAAACCCUUUAGCACAGUUGGCAGGCUAGAUGGCCCCUGGGCCGGGGCGGUGCUCGCUUGCAUGCAGCUGGGGAGGAGAGAGUCAUGUGUUACCGGUAUGAGGGGAUGAGCUACUUUUGGGUGUGAGGAAUUGAGCGAUGCAUGGCAGGAUUGGUAGGCCGCCCCUGGGAGGGGACAAUUCACUUUUAGUAGCACGCCGCAACCCAAGACGGCGCUGGUACGGUCUGCUAUGCAGUGAGUGUUUGUGUCGCAUGGUUGGUCGAGGUGUAGGCAUGGGAGUGUUGAACUUGGCAACAGUCCAGAGGAUACCCUUGCAACCAGGUUUUGCCUUCGUGCUAGGAUUAGACAUCUUAACACUGAAGUCAGCUAAGCUACGCUUUCCAGGAUAGCUAACGUCCGUUCCGUGGCCCAUAUGCCCGCUCUUUCCAAUCCGCCCG